AUGGAGGCGGGUGAGUCCGGCCCGGGCGGCAGGGCGGGCAGCAGCGCUGACAGCCUGGCCGAGGAGGAAGAGGAGGAGGAGGAUGAGGAAGGUGCUGGCAGCGGUCGGUCCAGCCGCACCUCGUCGCUGGUGAGCGGGCUGCUCACCGAGCUGUACAGCGCCGCUGAGGCGGCCGCUCCCUCUUCGGGCAGCGCCCGCUCCCGUGUCCUGCAGGAGCUGCAGCAGCGGCCAAGCCAGGUCAAGUACCUGCGGCUGAAAGAUGUUGAUGAAUUAACAACUAUAAAACGAGAACUGAACUACAGAAUUUCUGUUCAGUCGUCAAGGUUGCUUUGUCUUCUGAAGCAGAAAGACAGGCUUGUACAUCAAGUCCAGAAGAACUGUGAUAUCGUCACAGCUUGUUUACAGGCAGUUUCACAGAAGCGACAGGCCAUGAGUACUGGGAGAGGGAGGAUCCAUGCUGGAAGCAGGCAUGUUAUCCUUGGGCACUGCAGGAACAGUCCAUCUCUUUGCUACAUGUCUAAUGAAAGCCUUGCACAUCCUACAAUGGAUGAUGUCCUCAGCAUUACUGGAAAUAAGUACUAA